CGAAGACUGCGGAGAAGCCAUAUCAUAUAGUGGAGACGAUGCGCUUCCCAGUGGUUUCGAGUCGUCUCACAAAUCCCCAUUGUCAUCAGUUGCGCCAGCCCCCUGUGGCAGACCGAACAUGUCGAACAUCGCCGCUGCGGCAUCCGCUCCGGGUGCCAACCAGAACGAUCCCAUGGAGAAGCACGACAUAACGAGCAUCGAGAGAGUGAUGUCGCCGGGUAUGGAGAAGAAUUUCAUGGACUACGAGAAAGUCGACGCGGAAGUUGCCAAAUACGCGACGCAGACUGGUAUUGAGGUUCCCGAAGCUGAAAGCAAGCGCCUGAAGCGCAUGAUCGACAAGCGCGUGCUCACCGUCAUGGUCUUCACGUACUUUCUGCAGGCUCUGGACAAAGGCACCCUGUCGUUCGCCGUUAUCAUGGGCAUCAAGGAUGACCUUCACCUGCAUGGACAGCAGUACCCGUGGCUCACGACGUGCAUCUACAUCGCAGUCCUGAUUGUCGAGUAUCCAACGAACUACCUGAUCCAACGGCUACCGGUCGCAAAGUAUCUCGGCGUCUGCAUUAUGCUCUGGGGCACCAUCUUGGCAUUGCAUGCAACGCUCAAGAGCUUUGAGGGAGCCGUGGUCCUUCGAACGCUUCUGGGUAUCUUCGAAUCGGUUUGCCAACCGGCAUUCUUGAUCCUUUCCUCAAUGUGGUAUAAACGAGAAGAACAAGCUGCAGCUGUGACUUUCUGGUACAUGAUGAACGGCGGCCAGCAAAUCGUCGGAGGCCUGCUUGCCUAUUGCUUCAGUCUGAUCAAACACGGGCCGCUCAAGUCCUGGCAAGCGCUUUUCGUCACGUACGGCUGCUUCUCCGUCCUCUGGGGCGCAUUUGUGCUUUACUGGUUACCAGACUCGCCGAUGAAGGCCAAGUGCUUCUCGGAAGAAGACAAGAAGCUCAUGGUCGAGCGGGUACGCGCCAACCAAACCGGCCUGCAGAACAGGAAAUGGAAGAAAUCUCAGUUUUUCGAGGCCUUCCGUGACCCGCAGAUGUACUGCUACGGCAUCAUUCAGAUCUGCACCACGCUUCCCACAUCCGGCCUCGGUGCGUUCGCAAACAUCAUUAUCACUGGGCUGGGCUUCACAGUUUUGCAAACGCAGCUCCUUGCCAUGGUUUUGGGUGCCUUCAUCAUCAUCAUUCUCCUGUCUUCGACCUGGCUUGUCAAGAAGACGGGGCAGAAUCUCCUGGUUAUGGGAAUCUAUGUCAUUCCGUCGUUCAUUGGCACGAUAAUACUGAUGACUGUGCAAAACACUUCGACGGCCACCGAAGCAGGCCUGCUCAUAUCUUAUUACAUCGCUCUGUCCUUCUGGGCUGCGCAAACCCUGGCAAUGAGCAUGAUUACGCGUAAUGUCGGAGGGCAAACGAAGAAAUCCGUCGUGGUAGCGUUCAACUUCAUUUGCUGGGCAGGAGGCAAUGCUGCUGGUCCUCAGGUUUUCCUAUCUUGGGAUGCCCCUCGCUACUUCAUUGCGUUUGCAACACAUCUUGGUUGCUACACCCUUCUUGUGCUCGAUAUCAUAUUCCUCCGCUUCUGGCUCAGAUAUCAGAACAAGAAGAAGGAUGAGCUAGUUGGUGAAGUCUCCUUGAAUGAUGCAGACGGCGUGGUGCACGGAUUUGAGGACUUGACUGAUCGUGAGAAUCCUCGGUUCAGAUAUAUAUACUAGUAGUUUAAGCAUGCAUGAGCAAUUUUUAUACUAA